GGGUGGAUUGUCAUUCAGCAGAGGAUUGAUAAUACGCUGAGUUUCAAUCAGAAUUGGAAUACCUACAAGUCUGGUUUCGGAAAUUAUUGCCUGAAUUUCUGGUUGGGCCUGGAAAAGAUGCACCAACUGACGUCAUUGGCCGACUACAGGUUGAGGUUUGAGGUCCUCACCAAAGGUGUCUGGGUUUCCGAUGAAUAUGAUCAUUUUGUGGUCAGGUCGGAGUUUGAGAAAUAUUCCCUCAAUGUUUCGGGAUACUGCGGAUACAACAAUGACGUUUUAAACAACUCAAAGAAUCCUAAAGUCUGCCACAACGGAAUGAAGUUCUCAACCCCUGAUCAAGAUAACGAUCAAUCGAGUGAUGACUGUGCUUAUAGGUUUACUUCAGGGUUUUGGUUCAAUUCCUGCUAUCAUUUUAAUGUGAAUGGGAUGUCUGGUUCG